GCAAGCGCUCCGUAGCAGUCCCAGAUUUCGGCUUCCCCGACAACGAAGUCAUUGCCUCCGACGAAGUUGUUGUCGCCCGCGCUAGGCGGUAUCUGGCGCGACACGUUUCGCUCGGCAUUCUUCGGUCUCGUCUGUUUCGCAUUGUUGGAGCGUCCACUCCAAGAGGGAUGCCAAUUUUUGCCAUGAGAAAUCAAGUGGACUGCCGUUGGGACGUGGCUGCGCUGACCUCUAUGGCAGGCUUCUUCGCCAUCGCCACCAACCGCAACAUAGGCUGGUUUUACGUGGCCUACAUGGAGGAGUUCGGCAUCGAUCGCCGUGGUGCGUCCUGGCCUGGGUCUGUUCUCGCGACCACCCUUCGUUGCGUUGGUCUCCUCCUUUCCGUACUGCAGAGAUACUUCUCGCUCUUCUGGAUAGGUCUACUGGGCAGUAUCCUGCUCUGGAGCAGCCUGAUCGCAUCUUCGUUCGUACCGAACAUAGAAUGGAUGACGGCGAUUAUCGGCGUUGCACACGGUAUGGGCGCAGGACUCGUGUUGAAUUCGCAUCUAGUGCUGAUCAUGUACUACUUCCGCAAGUACCGGGGCGUCGCAGCAGGUCUUCGUCUGUCUGCCAAUCCUGUCAGUGCCAUCGUCUUUCCGGUCGUGUUGUCGGCGUUGAAAGACGCCUACGGAUUCCGUGGAACUCUGCUAGUGUUUUCGGCCAUCACCAUGCACGUCACUGCCUUAAGCCUAAUGCUCAAGGAACCCCCAUGGGUUCGCCGAACGAGAACAAAAAAGGAAACACCAGCGACGGGACCGACCGACAUUCCGAACACACUGACGUACGUGGGGCUUGAAUGCAACAAAUCCGCAGUCGACAAGGAAAUGGAACCACUGGACGCUUCAGCGGUCAAUCAAAAAUUUUUAGAAAAAUCUAAAGAAUAUGAAUUGCCAGUUCCAGAGGCGGAGGCGUUAUUAGCUCACCUCAAUCAACUUAAAAGCAACGAGUCUUCAUCUAAGACUUCUCCGGGGCUAGAACGAUACUCCGCAUUACUUAUUUCCGAAAUAGAUGAACACGGAGACAAAGCUACGACCGAGGUAGCAGUGAAAAAGUUAGACUGCUAUGUUCCACUGCUGGACACAGACAAGCAAGUGCUCGAUAAAUUAAACUCAGAGGUGACCAACGGUGAUCACAAAACCCAAAGACUAGCACAAGAAAUUGGUCGGCGUAUCUCUGCAGUAUCCCCAGUGACCAUCCAACCAACCCAAAGUAAUCGCAAAUCGGGCGGUUCUAAUCAGGCUGCGGAAAAAGGAGCAAAUGGACGGCACGGCACUCAGAACUGGGUUACAAGAAAUAGGCUUUCAUGCUUUUCUAGUCGGUCGCUUAGAAGGUUCUUUAAACAUGUCUUACCCACAAGACCUCCUUCGCUGGGGUUAAUCACAGCCGUCGUAGCCGCCACGUUGCUGGACUACAUCAAUGCGGUGCACCUUUCUACUAUGGUGGACUAUGCCCGGGAUAAGGGCAACCCGCCCACACAGGCAACCAUGACCAUCGCGUAUGCCGCGGCGCCAGAAAUAUUCGGACGCAUAUUCCUGCCCUUUAUGGCCGACCUCGGCUGGGUGACCAGGCCGACUCUGGCCUGCGGUUCACUGUUCGCCCUCGGACUCCUAUUCGCCGCCACGCCGGAAACGACUGCGGCUGCCCACAUUGUCCUCCGAGCGCUGUCAUCGGUGGCAAUGGCGGGCCUCUUAACGAUGAAGCAGGUUCUCAUAGCCGACAACCUUGGCGCAGAGGCGGUCCCCCUCGUUUCGGGAGCGUCUGGCCUACUGCUCGUACCGGUGCUCUUCAGCAAUCCCAUGAUCAUAGGCUAUUUCCGCGACACCAUGGGUUCCUAUGACAACCUGUUCAGAAUCGCAGCGGGGGUGAUCCUGUGCUCGGCUUUUGUGUUCGCCGGCAUCAUUGUCGCCGCGCGAAGAACCAAGGCAGCAGCAACAGCAGCAGCCGCAAAGGGUGACGCCGGUUGUGCGGCGUGAGCCUCCAAGCUACGCUGUGGGACGGACCCAGCACCUUACAAGACAGUGCACUUAGUUUCUGAUUAACAGGGCAAUCGUAAGUGAGUGGUGACAUGAACGGACGAUGACUGUUAAAUGAACCUGUGAUUUUCGCGGUAUUAGAUACCAAGACGGUGAGCGUCAGUAUGAUGGUGCCGGAUUUCCAUCGUGUUAUUGCUCCCAAGGAGUGCUUGACCGAGUGACUUGCAUGUCGUUGUUGGUGACGACGAUGACAUCCUCAGGAACCAUCCGGCCACAGACGAGCCGUUUUCGAGGCAGCUUGUCCUCAUCACGCGAUCAUAGCGACAUUAUACGUAUAUUCUUCGGGUGACCGUCGUACGACAAAUCGGGCAUAGUUAUCUACCGCAGCCCGAUAGGAUCCCGGAUUCACUUCAGGCGUUUUUACUCCUUAUAUCUGAAGUGUGUUGCUACACUUGGGUGAUUUCAUCCUCCCACACUAUUAACGCGGCUCUCUUGCGGCCUAUUGUGCACAUAACAAGUGAAGCACACGUGUCUAAUAGGUUGUUGAAGAAAUGCUGGUCAAACCCGGGUCAUCUGUUUGCUUGGCACGCUGAACCGCCUUACUUGACGGUGGUUGCUGCACAUAUUUUUUUUAUUGGGAAGACGCCAUCCACAAUUAAACUUUUGAUAACUUAUCACAAGGUAAAAGUGCCCGAGAUCGUCAAAAGAUUGUCUAUAUUCUGUCAGUGACUCGAACAUAAGGCUUCGUAGCGCUUGAACACUGCAGCACAAUCAUCUCCAAGCUUGCGUUUUGUACAAAUGAAAGCUCGGCGCGUAACACUCAGACGAGGAAUCAAGCAUCGGCGCGUCUAGUUGUGGUUGAAAUGCUUCAUGUUCUUCGUGACCCGAGUGGUUGGUAUCGGUGAUACUGGUGUGUUAAUGAAAGUGCCGCAGUGUCAUCGCGCCGGAUGCAGGGUGCCUAUACGUUAGCCUAGCUGAGGUAGUGGUGGGUUGUAGCCACAGGUAGACCUAGCCUGACAAUCAAGGCUGGUAAUUGCUCCGCCCGAGCGUCUCUUACAAUAUGACUGCAAUAUUUCACCACAUGUCCAUCAAACAAAUUUCUAUUUGGAAGACCUGAGGCUUCUUAGCCGGCUAUAACUGGUCGCUCUGGGGGCACAAGAUGUUGAAGGCACGCACAUGGAAGGUUUUUCUUUUGCAGGUUCUCCAGUAGACCAUGCCUUUCAUCUCGAUAUUUUGGGCACGACAAAGAAAGUGUUCAAUCUCUCCUGUGUCGUCGCAUGCAUUACAGUUCGGAAAAACGAUAUACCAUGUCUCAAAUAACCAUGCUGCUGUACGCGCAGGCCCUGUCGUUACUCGAUAUAGAAGUGAUGCUUCCUCUCGACGAAAUUCCUUGGUUACACACAGGGCAUAUAUAUGGUGGAUCCCAAAGCGACCCAAAGUGAUUACGAAUGCCAGAUUUUUUCAAUGGGUUACUUUUUGGGGCCUUGACAUUAGGAGCAUGCAAGAGCGUUGCAUAUGAAAGAGCAUCAGCUUUUUCAUUUCCAGCAAUACCAAUGUGGGAGGGAAUCCACUGAAAUUUUACUGUGAAGCCUUUGCUGCCGUGUUCUUUCCCGACGGCUAGUGAUCUGCGCGGGAACAUGAUGACGGUACACCAUGACAAAGUUGUUGCAAGGCAGCCUUUGAGUCCCUAAGAAGUACGACACUCUGUGCUACCCCAGUGUAGGGUAGCCAACCGGGCUCAGUCCUGGUUAACCUCCCUGCCUUUCAUCAAAUCAUUUUCUCUCUCUCUUAGAGCAGCAGCUAAUGGAACGCCUUCCGCAACUGUCGACGAAGGCUUUAAAGUCCAGACGGCCAGACUAAGUAUAUCUCAGAGAGAGAAUAUAGAACGCAGUAGGGUUUCCACUAGGGCUUGUUGGUUUUCCAUAAGAACGUGUAACAGUGCGCGCAAGCAAGCGCAAGCGUAAAACGUGUUCCUCCUUUUGUCCAUGUUGUUUGCGCCCAAUGCUAUACGUUAAUAUAGAACGCAGCUGCGCAGUGGUCUUCGUGUACUUUGAUAGACCUAUCCGUGACUGCAAUCGCGGUACACUUAGGUUGCUUCUAAAAUUUUCGAAUGUCCAGGGCGCGUCCACCUUUUCCCUCUGUCUCGAGCAGCGCAAUCGUAAGACUCGAAACGUGUUCGGUGCUGCCUAAACGUAGUAGCUGGGUCAUGAGAGUCUGGGAUGCCUAAAGCCCCACAGGGGCAUCACCCAGCUUCGUAGAGCACUUUUUGGUUCGAAGCCGGCUGAGGGACUUCGAGGCACAGUAGAAUACAUUUUCGGUGUAUGGCUUCUAAGCCCUCGUACUCACUGUCUGAGGGUGACAUCAGAGGUAGCUGGUAAGGAUCCGACUGGUAACCAACGCUGAAUGUAGCCGUAACAUUGACGUUGGAUGUUUGUCAUAGUGAAUGCCAGCGAUUAGCUGGAGCACAUGCAGCCUCUGUGAUGAUGAAGCCGCAGCGUAGUCAUCACCACGACGCCAGAGCAGCCUGUGGUUCAAGGUAAUGUCCAGAGAUCGGACGCUGGUGAUUUGUCGAACAUGGUGUCUGCCCAAAUACAGUUUCAAGCGUGUAGAUUUUGUCUUAAUUUCGGAAAAAAGUAUGAAUGAUGAUUUCUCCCUCGACAGUGAUAGGCCAAGCAUUGCCAAGUGGCCCUGAUUUUCACUCGUGCAAGGCGAUGGUGGUGGUAGCAGGAGACUGAUAUGCAGACAUCAUCGACAUACAGGGUGUUUCACGAACACUUUCAAAAUUUAUUUAAGGUUGCCUGGGGCAGAUAUCCCAAUUCUAGUUAAUGAGCUGGUCUACUCGAAAAGG